CUAUGGGAGGGGGCUGAGGGAAGGAGGUGGGGAGCUUCCCAGUGCGUCCUCCCUCGGUCCCCUCCUCCUCAAGGUUUCUAGAGUCCAGAGGGCCUCAUUGACAUGUAAACAAGGGUCCCUAUAAAGGCGGCGCUGCCUCGCACUGGUGCAUGGACUGCAACAUGGGCACGGAGCCUGCUGCCCGGGGCAGCCUCCCCGGCAACUUCCGAAAGAUUUCCAAGCCGCUGAUGGAGAAAAAGCGCCGCGCACGCAUCAAUGUGUCACUGGAGCAGCUCAAGUCGCUGCUGGAGAAACACUACUCGCACCAGAUCCGGAAGCGCAAGUUGGAGAAGGCCGACAUCCUGGAGUUGAGCGUGAAGUACAUGAGAAGCCUUCAGAACUCCUUGCAAGGGCUCUGGCCUGUGCCCAGGGGAGCCGAGCACCCGUCGGGCUUCCGCAGCUGCCUGCCCGGCGUGAGCCAGCUCCUUCGGCGCGGAGAUGAGGUCGGCAGCGGCCUGCGCUGCCCCCUGGUGCCCGAGAGCGCCGCCGGCAGCACCAUGGACAGCGCCGGGUUGGGCCAGGAGGCGCCCGCGCUGUUCCGCCCUUGCACCCCCGCCGUCUGGGCUCCUGCUCCGGCCGCCGGCGGCCCGCGGUCCCCACCACCCCUGCUCCUCCUCCCCGAAAGUCUCCCUGGCUCGUCCGCCAGCGUCCCCCCGCCGCAGCCAGCGUCGAGUCGCUGCGCCGAGAGUCCCGGGCUGGGCCUGGGCGUGUGGCGGCCCUGGUGAAGCCCCGGGGAUGGCCUGAACUGAAGGCGCUCCCUAUUUGGUCUCGCGACACAGGGACUAUUUUCAGCACGCCCACAGUGACUGCCAGGACCCCCCAGUCGUCCGUUCUGGUCGUGGGGCGGGGGUGGCUUGGAGAGGGCCGCGCACCCCGCAAGCGCGGGGAAAUACCCCCAGCCCUGCCGGACUGGGUCUGCGCGUCUGGGCAUAAUCCACCCCCACUCUAGCUCCACCUACACAUGCCGGACCGCUCGCUCUCCGCCCAUCCUCCGGAGGGGCUGGGAGGGGGUGUCCUGGGCUGCGCCCCUUUCCCAGGGACCCCUGGCGGGCAACCCGCCCGCCCCCACCCCCGCCCGGUUGCCGCGCAGCAGUGGGAAUGUCGCAGUUGGCAACAGCGCAGAGCUGACCCCUCGCAGCGAGGAGAAUCGCUGCCCCGCCCCGGACCAUUCAGCGGACCGCGGGCGCCCGGUUCCCACCGGCACAAAGCGCGCCUGGCCCCGCCCCGCCGGCAAGGGGCCCCCAGCCUCCCCUAACCCGGGAUCCUCUUGGCUUCCAACGACCUCCUUCGCAAGCGGUGCUGCCCACCGGGCUGGCGCAUUCCCCGAGGCCCACCCUUCUCAGAAACCCCGCCCCUAAGAUGCACCGCCCCACCCGGACGCCCCGCCCACGCGGUUCCUGGAAGGGACCCAUUGCUUGGUGGCACCAGCUUGAAGGCUGCAAAAGUGAACCCGGUGCCUCUCGUGGGAGAGGGGAACGCCUUCCGCUCGACAAAGACCCUGGCCCACAUUCCAAGCCCGGACCCCGUAGACCCCGCAGCUCCAGAUCCCUAGGGCUGCCGGAGAAUCCAAUCCCUGGACGGCUCUCGGAGCGCGCUGAGCCACUUUAUUGGUCCAUAAUGAGGUCACUGCUGCGCACGGACAUCGGUGGUGGGAGGCUCUCAAGUCAGAUUUUCUUCCCCUGGGCUUCUGGCCCAGGAGUCCGGGCCAGCGAGGGGCAGCUUGGGUUGUGGGGUCAGAGAUCCUGGCACCCUCUCCCGACACCUUGUAAUUCAGAAUAAAGCCAGCGCGAAUCUGUGAAGUCGGUAUCAAGAGGACACCAGAGGUCUAAUGUCUCCCACCCCUGCGAUGCCUAGUUAGGUGCAUCUUUUGUAACCACAAAUAUCAACUUUCUACAGAAGCUCUUCUCUUUUUGGGCGGCCCUGACCUGCAGGGCACUAAACCCGUCCUGGUCCAAACGCGUGGAGAAGGACCCACGGUCCUUCAAAAACCCAGCUCCACUGUCGCACCUAAUGGGCUCGCUGGAGCUGGGGCGAGGGUGGGAGUCCCGGCUGUCGCCGUCCAGGGUGGCCUCUCUGGUCUGUGCUUCCCGCGGUGUGGGGUGGGGUAGAGGCCAGGACAAAUCCCUCUGCAGUCCACCAGGUGGCGGUGUUGCACUGCAGACCCAAAGGUCCUUCCUCCAAACUCCAGGGCGGGCGCGCGGGGGGACACGGGCUCGACAAGUCCCAAGCAGCUUAGGCCCAGCUCCUAUUGCCCUGCCCUGUUCUCUCUCUUCAGUCAAGCUCACGGUGACUAGCAGCCCCAGGUGCCAACCCUGGGGCAGGGGUUGCCACCUGGGCUAAUAGGGCCUUUCCUCCACUGGUGGGCUGUGGAGCCCACCCCACUGCUUCAUCCUGUUGCUACUCCAGGACCAUCUCACUCCUCACUCGCUGGUGGGACCCGAGCAUUU